GAGGUGCUUAUAUUCCGGAAAAGAAGGUGGUAGUAGAUAAGGUACUAGAGAAAUUGCAGUAAAAACUUGGACUUCCUGCUUCUUUUCUACCGCAUGGCCGCAACAUUGAAACCGUACCUUAAUGCUGUAAGGUCGACGCUUACAGCAGCAAUGUGUCUUGAAAAUUUUCACUCGCAAGUCGUUGAGAGACACAACAAACCCGAAGUCGAAGUGAGGAGUAGUAAAGAAUUGCUGUUGACACCAUUGGUCGUGAGUCGAAAUGAAAAAGAGAAAGUCUUAAUUGAGGGAUCUAUAAACUCGAUGCGCGUGAGUAUUGCGGUGAAGCAAGCUGAUGAAAUUGAGAAGAUCUUGUGCAAGAAAUUCAUGCGUUUCAUGAUGCAAAGAGCAGAGCAUUUUUUCAUCUUACGACGUAAGCCAGUUGAAGGCUACGAUAUAAGUUUUCUCAUCACCAAUUUCCAUACGGAGCAAAUGUUUAAGCACAAGUUAGUCGACUUUGUGAUACAGUUCAUGGAGGAUAUUGACAAGGAGAUAAGCGAAAUGAAACUAGCUGUUAAUUCAAGAGCAAGAAUAUGUUCAGAGGAAUUCUUGAAGAACUUCUGAAGCAAUGACAUAGCCUUCAUAAUUUUGUUGAAUUUAUAGGAUUUUGCUUGGUUUGUACUUCUAAAACCAAUUGUACUUUCUAAAUGGAUAACUGUAUCAUGACCAGACUUGUAAUAUGUGUAUGCUUAAUUAUUAAUUUCAAUAAAGUAACUAGUGAUGUAA